CGAAAAAGACACAAGACAAGUAAAAAUAGAAGCAGAUAUGGUGCACCCCUGAACAACAUGCGUACUAGACAGAGCUGAAGCUGCACUGCUAACGGACAGUUGAGGACCAGAAGAUCCACAAUGUCAAACAUGCCUUGCAUAGGAUGCACUGUGGGUCUGGCACUAACAUCUAUAGCACUGGUAAUAUCUGUAUGUUUAAACAUACUUCUCUAUUCACUGAGAAGAAAAGAACGACAGAACAGAGAUGUUGGCAUGCCAAUGUACGAAGAUUCUUUACAAAGUGACAGACUGGAGGAGGAUGAGCAGCAACUUCAAGAUAAUCCUAUUUAUGGUAAUAUCUUUGUAGAUAAUGGAGAAUACAAGCCAAGGACUGUAGAUGGGGACUAUGAACCAAUGACAAAGCAAAGCACAAGACAAGAUGAAAAGUCUGAUUCAGAAGAUGUUUCUUAUGCAUCGUUGGAUUUAAAACUGUUUCAGAAUCGUAAGAAAAAGAAGAGAUACCAGGCGAAACAAAAUCAGACACAUAAGGUCCAGACUCACCCUCCUCCUAGGGCACAGAUGAGGCGCAUGGACUCGGAAGCAGACUGUGACGUCGCACUGCCUUCACGCUCCAGCAGCCUCAUUGUGUCCCGCAGCAGCAUCUACCUCAAUAGCCAUCAAGUAGCAUUGGAGACAGAAGAGCUACAGAGGGAAAGAGAGCGAGUAAGGGAGAGGGAGACAGAAUGGGAACUUAAUCAUGAGUAAGAAAAAUGUAAAUUUCAAUGCGGCAUUGAUGAUCAUCUGGGCCAAACAGUGCCAAGUCAUGAUCAAGGCAGCUAAAUUCUGCAGCAAACGUACAAAAGUCCUUGUGUGCAAUGUUACGUGUCUUAUUUUCAGACAUAGAGUUUGUUAAAUUAGGCACAACUCAUUAGAAUCACUUGUUUUACUAUAAAAAUGUUUUAAGAUCAGUGAACGAAGCAGAUGAUGACAAACAGCUCUGCCUAUAAGCGAGUAGAAUUUUAAACUUUCAUGCCACUCUAGUUUGAACUCUGUAAUCAGCUUGCACAAUAUUCUGCAACAGCAGGUAACAAGAGGAUAUUGGGCAACAUUGUUUACUUACAUUUUGGAAAAAACCUACUUUAAAUGAUCUCCACAAAGAAAGUGAUAGCAAACCAGUGUGAAAUAAUGUUUCUAUGUCUACGGAAAAAUACAUUGUGCCUAAUCAGUUCUGAGCUAAAUUUAAAAUAAGGUGUUAAAAUGGAAAAAAUUACUUUAAAGACACCUCAAAAGAGUGCAGAGCAAGAAGGUUAUUUGUAAUAGGUCAAAUCUAUUUAAAAGUUUUACUUGCAAGCGUGUCAGUCACGCAUGUUUAGAAAUUCAUGUUAAAUUUAUUCUAAUAAAAAUGAUACAUACACUUAAACUUAUAUAAAAUAAAGUGUGUCUGCUUUGUAUUGUGUUUCCUGCUACAACUGACUUUGUUGUUGCAUUUGCAAACAAACUAUUUUUAUAUACAAACCGUUUAUAAAUGAUCCGCAUACGCAGGCUAACCCUAGUCCACUGUCUUCCAUAGUUAAACAUAUUUAUUUAUUUAUACGUUUUUAUGCACAGAAUGCAAUACAAGUACAUGCAUAAUCUCUGUGUUGUUGUUGUUAUUGUUUUUUAUAUGGGUCAGUGAAAACAACUGGCAUAAUUUAUUUGUAUAACAUGUCCAAAACAUAAAGAUAUAAUGAACUUAUAUAAACUUUUUCA